UGUCAAAAAAUGUCUGUAAUUUAUGGUAGCAUUUAUUUUUAGAAAGUCGUACCAAUAGAAAUCUGACAAACGGGAUAUAUAAGUGUUUAACGUGAGGUGGUCUUGUUAUUUUAGCAGCUUCGGUGAUUGAUUAAGUAUAUCUGUAUUUCACGGUACGUGAGCUGUCGGGACAAGUCGUGCAUACUUAAUUCGCCACAAUGUUCAGUUCGUUAAAGGUGAGAGCUAAAAUAACGGAGAAGGAUCCUGUGUUCAAAGUACGAUAUAUCGGAUGCACGGAAACGUUUGUGGCCACAGGGAAGGGCUGUACUAAUGGUCCUGUUCAGAAACUAUGGGAUAACGCUGGAGAGGAAAAAUCCCUGAAGCGAACUACAGUUCAGAUAAACACCAAUGGUAUACUCUUGGAGGAUAUGGAUGGAAAGGGUAAAGGUGCACAUGGCAGACUGUUCAGCAUAGAAAAUAUAUCAUUCUGCAAUGCAGAUUGCAUUCUGAAUGAGCGGAUCUUCACGUGGAUUUGUAAAAAUGCAUCGUGCCCGAGUCUCAUCUGUCACGCUGUGUUGUGUAGCAGUGAAGAGAAGGCCAAGACCAUGGCACUUGUAUUGUCACGAGCAUUUCAGAUAGCUUACAAAGAGUGGCAAAUGAGCAAAACAAAAGUUACACGUGAGAACAGAAGAAAACAAACAAAAGAUAUCGAAAAAGCUGCAGAAUCGUCCAUUCCUAUCAAGCAGUAUAGCAAUGUUCGUUUGACCAAAGCAAAUCACGCAACCGUUACAUCUACCGGCAGUACUACAAGUUUGAAUGGUUCCACCAGGAGCGACUCCGAAUGCCAAACUGAACAACCGGCCGUAAGUGAAUACAUAAACACUAACAAUGAUCCAAUAUAUGAUGUUCCAAAUGAACUUGCUAACAAAUCUGAUUCAACAGAAUCAAAUGGCCCCUUUUCCGGAAGUACUGUCAUAUUGGAUUCAGACACUGAAAACGAACUUUCGAAAAGCUUUUCCAUGCAGGCAUUUAUUGACGGAGAUGAAUCAGAUUCUUUAUCUUGUGGAAGUAAAUGGAAAAGGAAUUACAUGUGUUAG